CAAAUAAAUGCUUUAAAUUAGUAUCACGCCUGAGUCACGUCACAGCCACAGUGUAUUCGAUUACACUGCCAUAACAUGUCUUGACAAAAAAAAUCCCAGCGUUUAUUGCUUAUUAAACGAAAUAUUUCCCAAUAAAGGCGCGGGGAUUUGCUAUUAAAAUCUGGUGGGGGAAAAUGGUGGCCAUUUAGUUGAGCAGCAGGCUGAUUUAUUAUUUAUUGUUCUGUCCCACGGUCACGUGUUUGGGGCGCCCUAUCCAGUCUUGGGCAAGGUUCAACUAACUGGACGCAUUGAGCUGCAAGCUGGUGCAGGAACGCAGCACAUUAUAUCAUGCAAUGAAUCUGCUUUUUCUGAAGAUUGCAGGACUCUAACGCGAUAUAGUUUUUUUCCUGCCUCUUUUGCAAUGUCGACGCUGGGGACGAGUUAUUACGUGGACUCGCGUGUUCUUCCCGAGCAGGAAGAUAUGGCACCGAGGUACUCAUCAGCUGCAGGGGUGGAGCAGGCGGUGCUCACCGAAUAUGGCGGACAGGAAUCUUGUUCUUUGCAGACGAAAUCUUCUAUUUUUGGUGGAUCUUGGAGUCCCAUCUCGGCCCACCCUCCGAACACAGCCACCCCGACCUACAUACAUCACCAUUACACGAGCAGCGGGGACAACGAUGGCAUGUUUACGCGCUCCUGGGCGAUGGACCCGGUCUCUGCGUCCCUGUGUUUAACGGGAUUACCGUCGGCAGCCAUGCACUAUGAGAUCAAACCCGAGCCUCUGAUUGGGAGUGCUGAAUGUACAACUUUGGAGACGCACACACCUCUUUUGUCUGACAUUGAAAACGGCGCUUCCCUUACGGAGCUUCCGUGCGAAACCACAUCCACGUCUAAAACCAUUGACGACAGCCCGUCAGCAGAUGGGAAGAGGGAGAUAGAAGCAAAUAACCCAUCGUCCAACUGGCUUCACGCGAAGCCCACCAGAAAAAAACGCUGUCCAUACACAAAGCACCAAAUCCUCGAACUGGAAAAGGAGUUUCUGUUUAACAUGUACCUCCCGCGGGAUCGUAGAUACGAGGUAGCGAGAGUCCUGAAUUUGACCGAGAGGCAGGUGAAAAUCUGGUUUCAGAACCGCAGGAUGAAGAUGAAGAAAGAAAACAAAGACCGGCGGAGAGACAGUUAACUGGGUUUUUGAACUGAUGGUGAAUUUAGUGUCUGAGGGGGA